GCUACAGGGCAGCCACCUAGACCCACCACACAGGCUCUGGCGCUGCCCUGGCAAACAACACCAAAAUGGCUUCAGACAGUACACACAUCGCGCAGUUGACUUCUGAACUGUACUUCCUAAUAGCCCGAUUUCUAGAAGCUGGACCGUGUCAAAAAGCAGCCGAGACCCUGAUAAGGGAGGUGGAGGAGAAGGAGCUGCUACCCAUAAGGCUGGACUGGACAGGGCAGGAGCACCCCGGGACGUACGAAAAUUUGGUGAAGCUUUACCGGCACAUCAGUCCAGACCACCUGCUGCAGGUCUGCUCCAGAGUUUGUCCGCUGCUGGAGAGGGAGGUCCCUGCCAGCGUGCCUGGACUCACCAGCCUGCUGGGGGCUGGCAGACAGAAUCUCCUCCGCACCAGCAAGAACUGUAAGCAUGUUGUGUGGAAGGGCUCGGCGCUGGCUGCGCUGCACUGUGGACGACCACCGGAGCCGCCUAUUAUCUACGGGAGCCCUCCUAAUAUCGUCGAGACGAGCUUCAGCCGUCGACUGAAUGGCUCCUACCGUCUCCGGCAGCUGGUGCCCACAGCCGUGUACCAGCACAUGAAGAUGCACAAGAGGAUCCUGGGACACCUGUCGUCCGUGUACUGCCUCACCUUCGACAGGACGGGACGACGCAUCUUCACGGGCUCAGACGACUGCCUCGUGAAGAUCUGGGGAACAGAUGACGGGCGUCUGCUGGCGACGCUUCGUGGCCACGCCGCUGAGAUUUCCGACAUGGCCGUCAGCUACGAGAACACCAUGAUCGCCGCUGGUUCCUGUGACAAGACCAUCAGGGUGUGGUGCUUACAGACCUGCGCCCCUUUGGCCGUCCUGGAGGGUCACGCAGCGUCUAUCACCUCGCUGCAGUUUUCUCCCCUCUGCUGCGGCUCAAAGCGCUACCUGUCGUCCACCGGCGCUGACGGCACCAUCUGCUUCUGGCAGUGGGACGCACGCACGCUCAAGUUUGGUCAGAGGCCCAGUAAAUUCACAGAGCGCUCCAGACCUGGCGUCCAGAUGAUCUGCUCCUCCUUCAGUGCAGGCGGUAUGUUCUUGGCCACAGGAAGCACGGAUCACAUCAUCAGGGUUUACUACUUCGGUUCAGGCCAACCAGAGAAGAUCUCUGAACUUGAGUCCCACACAGACAAAGUCGACAGCAUCCAGUUCUCACACUGCAGUGACAGGUUUGUCAGCGGCAGCAGAGACGGUACAGCACGAAUCUGGCAGCUGCAGCCUCAGGGCUGGAGGAGCAUUCUGCUGGACAUGCAGACCAAAUUACCGGGUAUGAAGUACAACCCUCCUCCGCUUGAGGAUAAGGUGACGAAGCUGAAGGUUACCAUGGUAGCAUGGGAUCGCCAUGACGGCACGGUGAUCACGGCGGCCAACAACCUGACGCUGAAGGUGUGGAACUCCAUCACCGGAAACCUCGUCCACGUCCUGAUGGGUCAUGAGGACGAGGUGUUUGUCCUGGAGCCUCACCCCUUCGAUCCAAGAAUCCUCUUCUCGGCGGGGCAUGAUGGGAAUUGCAUUGUGUGGGACCUGGCCAGAGGAGUCAAAAUCCGCUCCUAUUUCAACAUGAUCGAGGGCCAAGGGCACGGAGCCCUGUUUGACUGCAAAUGUAGUCCAGAUGGGCAGCAUUUUGCAGCCACAGACUCCCACGGACACCUGCUUAUCUUUGGCUUUGGCUCCAGCAGCAAGUAUGACAAGAUAGCGGACCAGAUGUUCUUCCACACCGACUACCGGCCGCUGAUCCGAGAUGCCAACAACUACGUGCUGGACGAGCAGACGCAGCAGGCGCCGCACCUGAUGCCCCCACCUUUCCUGGUGGAUGUGGACGGGAACCCCCACGCCCCCAGAUACCAGCGGCUGGUGCCGGGCAGGGAGGGCUGCAGGGACGAGCAGCUCAUCCCGCAGAUGGGCGUCACUUCCUCAGGUCUGAACCAAGUGGUGAGUGAGCAGGCGGUGGACGGACCCAGUCCUCUGGACACGAUGAUUCAGAGGCUGCAGCAGGAGCAGGACCAAAGACUGGGAACAAAUGACACCUCUGCUGCUGCAAACACCAGGUCCAACAGAGGAUCAGUGGGUUCGCCCACAGAGGUGCACUCCCCGCCCAACGUGGGUCUGCGUCGCAGCGGGCAGAUCGAGGGCGUCCGCCAGAUGCACAGCAACGCGCCGCGCAGCCAGAUGGCCACAGAGGGCGACCUGGUGGCCUGGAGCCGCAGGGUGCUGGUCCCCGAGCUGGAGGACGCCUCCGUCAGGAGACAGGUGAACUGGCGUGAGGCCAAAGGCGAGGAGGAGAUCAAUAUUUAUCAGUCAGAAAGGAGGAGACGCACCAUCCACUCGCUCCCCAAGGAGAGCAGGGUUCAUCCGACAUCAGAGUCCGUUGACGAGGGCAGGAGGAGCCAGGGUAACCAUGGCUACCAAACGCGUGCUGCUAUGGAGGAGACGAGCCGCCAGAGCGCCGAGGCUGCCGAUGACGAUGAAAGCACCUCAGAGGGAGAGGUGGAGGUACGGCAAAUCAACGGGCAUUCCUCAGAGGAGGAGAAGGACGAGGAGCAGAAGGAGCCCUGGCCGGACGACCACAGUAGUUCAAGUGACUACUCCAGCGAUUACUCCGACUGGACGGCGGACGCGGGGAUCAACCUUGAGCCGCCCAAGAAGAGCGUGAAAGUGAAAAAGAAGAGCAGCGGCUCAGAGGAGGACGGAGAGAAGAAGAGGGAUGGGAAGAAGGAGAGAAAGAAAGACAAAGUGGACAAAGACGGCGCAUUACCAAAGAAGAAGCAGCCAAAGGAGAAAAGGAAGAGGACAGACCUUCAGGAGCAAGGGCUAACUCUGGAGGAGUGGCUUCCAUCAGCCUGGAUCACAGACACGGUCCCCCGCAGAUGUCCUUACAUACCCCAGAUGGGGGACGAGGUAUACUACUUCAGACAGGGCCAUGAAGCCUACGUGGAGAUGGCCAAACAGAAAAAGAUUUACAGCAUCAAUCCUAAGAAGCAGCCUUGGCACAAGAUGGAGCUACGGGAGCAGGAACUGAUGAAGAUAGUCGGCAUCAAGUAUGAGGUCGGCUUGCCCACGCUGUGCUGUCUGAAGCUGUCCUUCCUGGACCCCGACACCGGCAAACUGACCGGAGGAUCCUUCUCUAUGAAGUACCACGACAUGCCUGAUGUAAUCGACUUCCUGGUUCUGCGGCAGCAGUUUGACAACGAGAAAAGGCAGUGGAGUAUCGGUGACAGGUUUCGGUCAGUGAUUGAUGACGCCUGGUGGUUUGGGACCAUCGAGAGCCAGGAGCCGUACCAGCCUCAGUAUCCCGACAGCCUGUUUCAGUGCUACAACGUCUGCUGGGAUAAUGGAGACACAGAGAAGAUGAGUCCUUGGGACAUGGAGCCCAUCCCUGACGAUGCCACGUUCCCGGAAGAGCUGGGCAUGAGCGUCCCGCUGAUAGAAGAAGAACAGAAGGAGCUGCUGUACGUCCCUCUGGACGGGGAAUGGGGCUGCCGCACACGCGCAGAGGAGUGCGAGCGCAUCAUCAAAGCCAUCGACCAGCUCUGCACGCUCGAUGUGGCAGCGCCAUUUGCCUUUCCAGUUGACCUGCAGGCGUACCCCACGUACUGCACGGUGGUCGCCUACGUCACGGACCUCAGCACCAUACGACAGAGGCUGGUCAACCACUUCUACAGACGACUGUCCUCUCUGAUGUGGGAGGUUCGUUAUAUCGAACACAACGCCCAAACAUUCAACGAGCCCGGAUCAUUCAUCGUCACCACCGCCAAGUUUGUCUCUGACCUCAUGCUGCAGUUCAUUAAGGACCAAAGUCUGACAGACCUCAUGCCGCUCUACAAAACCAUGAAGAAGGCGACCUUCUCUGACUCUGAGGAUGAGGAUGAUGAAGAGGAGGACGAGGACACCAACACUCCUGGAACAUCCACACGAAACCAUAAGGGUCGCCGGCCCACGCAGCGACAGCUUCGAACCCGACCCCGUUCAUACGACCCUCACGCGUGGAGGGGACGCUGUAAGGAGCUGCUGGAUCUCAUCUUUCAGUGUGAAGACUCGGAGCCCUUCAGAGAACCUGUGGACCUGCAGGAGUACCCGGACUACCUGCAGAUAGUCGACUCACCGAUGGACUUCGGCACCGUCCUCAACACGCUCAAAGAAGGAAAGUACCAAUCUCCCAUCGAGCUCUGCAAAGAUGUCCGCCUCAUUUUCAGCAAUUCCAAAGCUUACACGCCCAGUAAGAAGUCUCGGAUCUACAGCAUGAGUCUGAGGCUCUCUGCACUGUUUGAGGAGCACGUCAGCUCCAUCCUGGCCGACUACAAGGCCAUCCACGGCCUGACGGACAAACUGACCCGACAGGGCUCAGACAGACAGACACGACACACCACAGACAGACAGACACGGCACGCCAUGAAGAGGAGGAGGAGGAGGAGCGAAUCACCAACCAGCAGCACUGCAUCCAGUCCAGAGAGGAAGAGACGUGUUUCAUCCAGGGUGACCGCAAAAAAGGAGCCGUCGCCACCUCCUGCACGGCCCUCCUCUCUGAGGCAGAGCACCCCCCUCAAACAGCCCCCGCAGCUGGUCAACGGGAAGGCAGACACACCGGCCGCGGGCCGGACACGGAGUGGGGCGCGUCAUUCUACACACUCUCCGCCCUCCUCAUCGUCCUCGAAUAACGCCACGAGCAGCACACAGAGCACAGCAGAGUCUACUCGCUCGCUGAGGACUCAUAACUCUGUGUCAGCUCCAACGCCACCAGCGCCCGAAAAGGUGACGCCCUCUCCAGCCGCGGAAAGUAGCAGUGGAGGAAGCACCCGGAGGAAACUCAGGACUCCUGUACGACUCACGCCUGGCUCACCUGUCAGCCCCUCAUCUCAGAGCACAGCCCACCUGAACGGCCACAGCAGUCAUGUGACCCUGGGAGUGGGGAGGAGGGGCCGGAAAUCCAAAGUGGAGGCUCCGCUGAGUCCUCCAGAGGUCACGACUCCGGGGAGCCCCUCCAGACCGCGAGGCCGCCCGCCGGGCAAGAAGAGAGGCAGGAAGAGCAAGCAGGAGCUGGAGGAGAUGAGGAGGAGCGGCACCCGCAGGAGCUCCACCCCCGACGACGACCUUGAUCAAUCGACGGGGGACGAAGGCGGGACGUCGUCGGCGCAGGAGACGUCCGCGCUGUCGGACUCUGGCGCGGCGGCGACGCAGAAGCGGCGCGGCCGGCCGCGAGUGGCAAGAACUGAAGAAGCCGCUCCUCCUGCUGAGUCACCUGAGCCCUCGCCACUGAGGAGGAGCAGCAGGAAGGCCAACGAGGAGGUCACGCCUCCUCCUCCUCCUCCUCAAGCUGCUCCUCAAAGAUCAAAUCGGAGGGAGUUGCCAAAGGAGGAGGCAGGGGACGAAGCGGGAGGGUCGAUGCGCACACGCAACCAGGGGAGACGCUCCGCCUGGUAUAUGGAGGAGGACUCGGAGGAGGAGCAGAGGCAGCUGCUGUUUGAGGACUCGUCGAUCACAUUCGGCACCUCCUCGAAAGGACGCGUGCGCAAGCUGACCGAAAAGGCCAAAGCCAACCUGAUAGGCUGGUAACAGAUCAGACACGCAGGAUGUGAGGAGCGCGGCGCUGACACCGAGGAGGAAAUCCGCCUGAGAUUUCUUCGAGGGCGUCCGAGCGGAGGAGGUCGCGCAGGGGUGAUCUGCGCGUUUACGUCCGGGGAGCUGCUCGUCCAGCUGCUGCUAUUCAAAGCUGUGGCGACGGAGAAACACACCUGUCCGCUCCUCCGUCCUCUCGGCCCAGUAAGCACAUCACUACGCCGGAUAGCGCCACGUCCACCUGUCCCUCCGACAUUAUUGGUCCAUGUUGGAUCUCGCAGGAGCUCAAUGACUCCGCUGCUGGUCGCGACUCGCUCCGGUCCAGCGAUCUCCACCUCCGCCUGCCCUCAAACACAGUCGGUGUCGGAGCGGGAGAAAAAGUAGUCAAACAGUUUUAGUACUUGAAAAAAAAAUCACGAGGAGAGCUGUAUCCUGCUAUUUUUGAGGAUUUUUCGAGUGUCUCUGCUGGGAAGGUCAAAGACGCGCACUGAGCUGAAAUCGUCAGCUCCGUGACGGACCUGACUACGCCUCCCCCCUUUCCUCCUUCAUUGCUCCCGCUCUUUUUUUAUACAACCCUCCCUCUCUGCUUCUUUUUCUAAGAUUUGUACGUGAUGAUCGGCUCUCUGUUUCGGAAGUCUUACUCAUCGGCUGACCUGAGCGUGUCCGCUAAAAUACCAAAUGGCGUACCUUUGCUGGUACUGUAGAUCUGUAGGUUUUGUUUACCGUUGACGUGUGUGUGGGUGUGCGUCCCUUUUUUUUGCAUGUUUGUUAGAAACGAAAAAGCAUCUCUUUGUUUUUCUAGAAGCUGUUUUUACUGUGAGGAGGAGAGAAAGGAUGCAUGGGUGAGAGGGGUCAUUUAUACGUCGCGAUAGGUGUCUCAGCGCGUCCUCAACAUUAGCAAUACCUUGUGCCUUUAUGUCUUCGGUGUGCGUGCGUGCGUGCGUGCAUGUGUGUAAAAGGCCUCUGCCCUGCAAAGUACAUGUGCCUGUGUGAAUAAGUUUGUAAUCGGAGGAGUGCGUGCGUGUUUUUAUAACGCAACUGUCAUUCACUUUCAGCGUGCAAACAGUGGCAUACAGUUCGUCGUGAAACCUCUCAAAGAAAUGUAUUUAUGGCAGUCGAAAAAAAAAGACUUUACUGUUGUUGUAAAACCAUUAUUCAUGUCGAUAUACUAUCCUAUAACCAACCUAUCGUCAGUUUAUACCGAAGGUACAGCAGCCAGUGGAGCUUUGGGUGACUAGCUUUGAGAUGCACUUACCACAGACCGGUUUAUCAAUGCAGUCGUAGGGAGUAACCCUGUGUAUUUUAAAAAUUAACAUAUAAAAAAGAACUUUUUAAAUGUGUUUUUAUGGUGACCACACACACACACAGUUCUGUCUCGCAUGUUUUAGCACUUUUCUCAUGGAGCAAACAGGAUCGAGCCAGGUCAAACUGGACAGCAGAGAGAGAGACAAGUCUUAUAUUCAUCUUUCUGAUUGUGUGCCUUCGCUACUCUGGCAUAUUGAAUCCUCCUUUCUGCUUUUGGGGCCUUUGUUUUCUUUCUUUUUUAUUUUGGACUUCCUGGUUCUGCUCGGUUCAGAGAACUGGACUUCGGACUGGACCUGACUGGCUUGUAUGACGAAGGACAAACACGUCGCUCUCUCUCUGAAAAAUAGACUGAGUUUAUAGGAUAACGGCCUCCAGUUUUAGCAGGUUUUUACUCCAGCAUACGGUGCGACUGAACGCCAAAAUCAGCCGCUCGUGUUGCGGAUUUGAUCGGGGAGAACUGGACGGUAGCAUCUAUCAGUCCCUCCAGGAUUUUGCAGUUUGUUUUUUGGGAUCUCAGCAGCCUGAAAAUCCCUGAUUUUACAGCAGCUUUUAUAAAAACGUGUGUUGUUUUGAUGGGUAAAGGCUUUUUUUUUUUUUUGCAAGCGAAAGUUGCAAAAAAAAUUGUGAUGUCACUGAUUUGAAGCUUAUUAUCAGUAUUUGGCAUUUCCACUGAAACUUAAUCAACGAUCAGCUGAUGCAGCUGUUCGAGCACUGACGGACCGGCGCCAUGACCUCGUCCGCCUCGUCACUGCUCAUCAUAGAUUGCCGCUCAGGCCGCAGCUGCAGUUAACCUUCAACAAACAGCUGUUACUCUCACACCGAAUGUUAAGUCGUCGGCUACAGAAAAUAAUUUGCUGUAAUGUUAGAAAAUUACCCAUUUAAAUUUAAUACAUAUUUACUGUAACAAUAUCAUUAUAUGAAACAAAAUUCUAGGAAUUUUCUAAAAUUUUCAUGGAUUUUGACUUAUUCCAUGACUUUUCCAGCCCUGAAAAAUAUGAUUCCAGGAGUAUGAUUAUGUGAAAUUCCCUGAUUUUUCCAGGUUUUCCAUGACCGUGGGAACCCUGCUAACAGUUAGCCCUGUCACUGUUGGAAUCUGUUCUGGUUUUAGGACCUAAUUGUGAACCGUUCAGAUCACUUCGACCCAAAAUAAAUUGGAUCAGAGCUGAAAAGUUGGUUCUCAACUGGACCCCUCCCCAAAAAAAAUCCUUGACCUGAAGAGUGAACCCUGACAUUAUCAGCGGGCGUAAAGAUGUAAAAGUAACGUGAGAAAUCUUCGGACAAAAAACAAAAACAGGAUCAUGUAAUAGCAGAACAAAAGUUUAUAGAUAAUAUUGCAAUCUGUGAUUUUGCUACCACUGUGUACUUGUGUUGUGCAUCAAAUCGUUGUAAUCUUUGAUUACAAUGGUUGUGUGCAAAACUGGCGGAAACAUGGACUAAUUAGCUGGAUGGUAGCAACGUUUCACGAAUCUUUAGCCGAACCACUUUAAGAACGAGGGCUAAUUUUGUGGAAAAGUUGUGUGCGACUCUGUCGGAGUCACAGAGCUCACACUCCUGCAGCAGCAGUCUCAUGAUAAACCAAGAAAGAGAUAGAGGAUGAGCGAAUCAAUACGCUGCACACAGCUCCACAAUGAAAAGAGAUUUUACCCAUUUUUUAAUAGUCAAAUUUGCCUCAAAUUGCUUAUUAUAGCAUAAAAUUGUGCAGAAUUUACAGGGAUUUGCUGAAUUGGUGUUAAUUGUUGCACUCGCGAAAUCCUGAAGGGACUGAUCUAAACACACCUGGUUUGUUUCAUAGGUCUUUGAUGUCACAUAUUAUUGAACAUAUAUCUCAUCUGUUCAUCAUUGUUAUUUUUAUGUUGUGCAUUUGUCAAUGCCAAAUUCUGUCUUUGGGCACUGAAGGUUUUUAGAUCAUGGCUUUUGAAUGUGUUUAUUUUCUGUCUCCACAGUCGAGUGUGUCGAGUUCUUUCACGUGUUUCCUGUCUGCGUCUCCGCAGUACAGGACAAUGAUUCACUGACGAGAUCUGUGGAGUUAGAGCAGUGUUUUAUACUCUGUCACACUUAUUAGAGGACACAAUUAACAACUUUCUUUUCACACAGUCUGGCUUAUAUUUACGUCACAAAAGAUUUGUUUAUAUUGUGUAUAUGAAGAGUUUUAUUACAGAUUAAGACAGCAUAAAAAACUGACACCUUCAUCCACAACUGACUGGCGGCAAGCAAAUUGGGGUUUUUAUUUAAGGGUAACUAGUAAAAGUAUUUUUCAAGCUGGACGCUACUUUCCCAUGUUUUUCUGCCUAAGUGACUAAUGAGAACAACAGUUAUUGGAAAUUGAUCAGGUAUGGAGAGAGAGAGAGCGCUGCAGCUGCAAAACAGGCUGCAAUGUAACCACUCUGGGCAAUUUACGCUGACAGUUUAUAUCCACCAAAAGUGUUGGUUUUUCCCACUGACAGGCUCAGAUUAUUUUAAGUGUCUGACAGCAUUAUUGGAAAGGAUCCCUGCCGAAAUAGACAUUUUACUUUUACUGCUAACUUAAAAAGAACAGCGGAAAACAUUUUCAAAUUCGGGAGAAAGUGAUGUCAAAAAGCUCCUUAACCUCUGAACAGAGGACAAGAUCAGCCACCAUGUAACAGAGAAAAUGAUUGUUUUUGUCACGUUUGCCAUAAUUGUUCAGAAGGCGCUGCAGACGUGCAUGUGAUAUGUCACACUGGAGGCAGACGCUGCCGUGUUUCACAUCACGCCUCUUUUGCUUCUGCAAUCCCGGCAUGCUGUCUAUAAUCACACACUGGAGUGGCACAUUGACGCCGCUGUUGUUUCUGCGUGAAAACUGCAAAGCAGCGUAAAGAAGCGACUUUGUAGAGGCCAUGUAGUGCAGUCUUUGUGUUUCUACUCUUCAGCAGAAAGGUCUAUCUCUGCAGGGAUCCUAUCCAGACACCUCUAAUAAUAAUCUGAGCCCGUCAGUGGCAAAAACAAGCACUCAUGGUGGAUGUAAAUUUAGUGUAGAGUGUUUACAUUGUAGCCUGUUUUGUGGCUUCCAGCUGCACUCAUCUCACUUAAUACUGGACCAAUUUCAAAAAUGUUGUUCCUCUUAUUUUCUUGAGGACAAAAACAAACGCCUGCACACUUCCUCCAUGCCACACAAGUUUAAUGAAGACAAAGUUUCGAUCCUACUUGGAUCUUAUUCAGGUCAAAUGUUUUUAGUUUCUUAGACACAGAAACAUUGGAAAAAUAGACUGAAAAUUACCAAAAUUUACCGUUUAAAGCUAGGAAGCUUAUGAUCUACGGCCACAAAUUUCGUGAGCAAACAUAAUUUAAGAUAAACUCUUAGUGGGCGCAUAAAGCGUUUGAAGUGUUUUUCUUUCUCAGAUCAUAUUUAUAUAUGUGCACAGAUUAUCAUGAGUCGAAACAAGAUUUUAGACCCGUUUUUUUCAAACCUUUGAGCUCAAUUCAUAAUGUUUACAAAAGCGCAGUACUUGAGAAUCCAAAAUGUGUGCCACAUUUAACGCACAUAUUUUGAAUUUGCAACGAUCGCCCUGAUUUUCCCAUUGAAAUACAGUCAACAUGGGACUGCAGCCAAGUAAACAUCAGACUUAUUCUUCUGUUAUCGCGUCUCUUCAUCAGAUCACCCUCACUAUCUGCAUUUAUCACGUCUGUUAGGGUAAAAGCUGAUCUUAUAUUGCUAGUCAGGUUGUUAACCCUGUAAGUUCAACCUCUAAUCAUUUCAAAAGGGGCCUUAAAAGCGAGUCACUGGUUUAUAAGCACGAAUGAAGAUGAUCUUUAGCGAGACGUUUUGAUUCGGCGGUUCAGAUCAGCCCUCUUACUUCACUGCGCUUUGGAGCUCAUGUACACACACAUUCACCGCCGGCUAAAUGUGCUAACGUGUGGCAGAGUUUUGUUUGUGGCUUCUGACCGAGCGUCACUCUGUUUGGUCAGAGGUUGAAGGUCACAGCGUGUGCGUGCGUGUGUGUGUGCGUGUGUGUGUGUGAAGUGGCUGCAUGUGAGCCACCAGGAAGCUUUUUUUUUUUUUUUAAGUUUUAAGGGGACGGGAAGGGGAAAGGGUUAAAAGGGGUUGUCUGUUUCAUGUGAACUGAUCGAAGAGGAUGUCUUUGUUAGUUUGGAUACUUUUUAUAUAUAAAGGAAUUAAUGCAAAAAAGAAGCAUAAAGCUAGAAUGUAUGUGUAGGGGAGUAUUGCUGUCCUGUUAGUUCAUACCGAUAUUUUAAGUAAAUAAACAGUUGUGUUUCCAUA